CCGGCUGGCAGGCCCAGGCAUGGCGGCGUUCGUGCUGCUGAGGCGAUGCGCGCGGAGGGCGCCGGGGCUGCCCCGGACGGGCUGCGGAGAGGCCGCCGCGGCAGGUCAUUUGGAGAACCUUGCUUGUCUUAACUGUUCCUCCAUGAGGCUAAUAAAAGACAUGCCUGCCCGUUUUAAAUAUUGCACUAAUAUCUCACCUUACGUUUAUUGUACAAAAGACAGCUACACUUGGACAAAAGGAUCAGAAAAAAGGCAGGGGGCGGCCCUGAGAGCAUUUGACUCCCUGUGGCCCUCUCCCGACAGAGGAGUUUCAGGGCCUUGUUGGGUUAUAGUGAGGAACUGGCAUUCUUCAGCAUCCAGAAACGAUGACUCUGUAGUAGAAAAAUCGCUCAAGUCCCUGAAAGACAAAAACAAGAAGUUGGAAGAAGGGGGCCCCGUUUAUAGUCCAGCAGUGGAAGAAGCCAUCGUUAAAAAGUCCAUUGGGCAGAAGAUUGUCGAUGAGGUGAAGCAUUACUACCACGGCUUCCGGUUGUUGUGGAUCGAUUCCAUAAUUGCCGCCAGAAUGCUCUGGCAGAUCCUUCACGGCAGCUCCAUGACCCGCCGGGAACGCAGACAGUUCCUUCGGAUCUGCGCUGACCUCUUUCGCUUGGUCCCUUUCCUCGUCUUCAUCGUGGUUCCCUUCAUGGAAUUCUUGCUUCCCGUAGCUUUGAAGUUGUUCCCCAAUAUGCUUCCUUCGACAUUUGAGACAAACUCUAAGAAGGAAGAGAGGUUGAAGAAAGAACUGAGAGUAAAACUUGAGGUGGCUAAAUUUCUUCAAGAUACUAUUGAAGAGAUUGCCUUAAAAAACAAAGCAGCUAAAGGGAAUGCUACAAAGGAUUUCUCAACCUUCUUUCAAAAGAUACGCGAGACUGGUGAGAGGCCGAGCAACGAAGAGAUUUUACGGUUUUCUAAACUGUUUGAGGACGAGCUGACCCUGGACAACCUCACAAGGCCCCAACUGGUUGCUCUGUGUAAACUUUUAGAACUUCAGUCAAUCGGAACAAACAACUUUCUUCGCUUCCAGCUAAUCAUGAGACUGAGAAGUAUCAAAGCAGAUGAUAAACUGAUAACUGAGGAGGGCAUGGAUAGCCUGACAGUAAAAGAGUUGCAAGCAGCCUGCCGAGCGAGGGGCAUGAGAGCCCUUGGCGUCACAGAGGAGCGAUUAAAGGAUCAGCUGAAGCAGUGGUUGGACUUGCAUCUGAAUCAAGAAAUCCCAACUUCCCUGCUUAUAUUAUCCAGAGCGCUGUACCUUCCAGAAACUCUGUCUCCGGCUGACCAGCUGAAAACGACUUUGCAAAUUCUCCCUGAGAACGUGGCAAAGGAGGCUCAGGUGAAAGCGGCAGAAGUGGAAGGAGAAAAGAUUGACAAUAAAGCCAGGUUGGAAGCAACUCUUCAAGAAGAGGAAGCCAUCAGGAAAGAACACCACGAGAAAGAGCUGGAAAAGCUUUCCGAAGCGGCUGAAAAAGCCAAAGAGACUCUUCACGCUGCGGAAAGGGAGGUGAUAGUAGAUCUGGAUUCCUCAGCUCUGAACAAAGUCUCUCUAGAUGCCACUGCUGAACGAGAACCGGCAAAAGUGAAUUUAACCCUGCAGUCAGAGGUUUUGAAAGAUACGGCCCCGGUAUUGGAAGGCAUGAAGGGCGAAGAAAUAACAAAAGAAGAGAUUGACAUGCUAAGUGAUGCUUGCACUAAACUGAAGGAACAAAAGAAAUUGCUGACAAAGGAGAAGGAGGAACUGGAGGACCUGAAGGAUGACGUGCAGGAAUACAGCGAGGAUUUGCAAGAAAUCAAGGAACUAUCUAAGAGUGGACCAGAAGACAUAGUUGAAGAAUCCAAAGCCAGCAAGAGGCUGACUAAAAAAGUGAACCGAAUGAUUGGGCAGAUCGAUAGAAUCAUUCAGGAGUUGGAGACAGACCAAAAACCAGUUGGAGAACAGCUGGGCGGGGGUCCCAGUCCCCCCAUUGGGCUGCAUUUCCCAUUUAGGCAGAACCUCAUCAGCAUCCAGGAUCUUAUUAACGUGAUGAAGCAGCUCCAGGAAAUCCCCGAAGGCAAACUCAACAAGCUGGCUGAGGCGCUGGAUGAGAAUAAGGACGGUGAGAUCAACAUAGACGACGUGGUCAAGGUGAUCGAACUGAUUGACAAGGAGGACAUCGAUAUCUCUACCAAGCAAGUAGCAGAGAUCGUAUCGCUGCUGCACAAGGAAGAAAAAGUGGAAGAGAUGGAGAAGACCAAAGAAAGUGCGGAGAAGGAAGCGGCAGAAGUGAAGAACUAGCUUACAGUUCAACGGUUGAAUGGAAGGCGGCCUCCUGUGCACCUUAGUCAGCACUUAGUAGCGGUGAGAUGAAGCACACCUGGUAGCUUUCCAACUAAUCAAAGAUACAGUAAUUUUUGGACCCUGGUGAGACAAAUGAUCAUUCCAUGAAAUAGAAAGCGUUCCGGUCUUCUAAGGAAUCAACCCAUCUUCUACAGUGAUGUCAACUGGUGUGUUGAUUCAGUCUCUUUGUCUCCCGGUUGCGAUGUAAAUCAGAAAAUUCUUUGCAAUGCACAAGGAAUCACUUCUCCUUUUUAAACUAUGUUACAUUUGCUUGUCACAGAGAUGAUAACGUUUUUCUUCUUGGGAAAGUGAAAACCUCUAUUGCAAAAUCUCCAAUACUGAAACCACUCAAAAAUGGCUAAACCCUGGUGAAAAAUGGUUUCUGAAAGUUUUGUAAUUAUUUUAUGUUGACGUGUAGAAUUGCACUGCAACCAUAAUUUAAAAAACAAAACAAAAACCUUCUCGAACAUUUUUAUUUUGGCUUGAUUGAUUUCUCAGUGUUAAAAAAGAAAAUAAGAAAAUAUUGCACUAUUUCGCUAUCAAUACACACCGUUUUAAAAAGGGUUUAAAUUCUCUCAACCCUCUAUAAUCCCAUUGAUAUUUCUCUCAGUUUUAUCUAUUGAUCUAGUUUCACUGAUACAGAAUCUGGGCUCCCAGAGUUUGCAGAUCAGACAUCAGUUGGCUACAAGGCGACUUUGAAAUUGUAAAAAAAAAAAAAAAAAUCUACCAAAUCACUGUUUAUAUAAUAGGUGUACUUUAAUGAGGAGAUUUUUUUCACCUUGGGUAUGAAAUAACUAAUUCAGCAUACUGGAAACAUCAUAAAAAUUGCCUAUAUAAUCAUGACAAUUAAAGGCUGCUAAUAAGUAUCUUCCUUAGUUUGCCUUGCUUUUGGUCUAGUCCAUUCUGUUGUGUAGUUGCGCUAGGCAGAGUUUCUUAAGCAGCCCUUUAAAGCAUUUAGGGGGAGGGGGGUGGAGGUGAUUCUAAGACUAUUCCCAGAAAUAGAGGGGGUUGAAAUUGGCUGCCUGAGCCUGAACGACUCUGGUUUCAAUUAUGACGCUUGGGUUUUGUCACUGCUCAGAAACAGUAUCUGCAUUGCCUUUCUUUAAUUGAGUUGCAAUACGAGUAAACACCCUGGGCCUCCCAGGUUUGGUAUCAGAAUUAAUAGAAAAUGUAUUUUAGAUAGCGGCUGAGAAAUAAGCGGAGACGGCUUCCAUUUUGACAGUGACAGCGCACAAUUUAGCAGCCGGCGAAAGCGGAGGAAAUUUAGGAGGAGAAAGCGAGCCCAGAUAAGCUUUGGAUUUCGAAUACACAGCCACAGAGGAGAGACGGAAUUUAAGGAGAGAAAGGGGGUUAAUUUGACAGACUUUGUGGAAGCGAUAAUGAGACAUUUUAUAAACAUUUGAUAUCGGAAGAGAGAGCGCCAGGAAAACUUUGUUUAAAGUGGAGAUCAGUGUCUUUUGGAGAGAAUAUUUUUCUUGGGACUCUUGGACUUUUGGACCUUGGAGAUUUAGAGGUUUGGACCUAAGCUUCGGGAUUUGGAUUAUUCUACCCUUUACUCCUUUUCUCUCUCUGCUGAAAGGGACACUUGGGGGUUUUUUGAAGCUUUGGUGGACAUUGGACACUCAAUCUAAAAAUAUUUGGAUAUUGGAUACUGGACUUUGAACUUUGGCAGAUUUGUCCCCAUUUUCUAGUUUUGCCGCCGCCUUAGUGCUGUUGGUAGGCAGGACGCAAGCGUAGCCCAUUUAUUCUACACGCUCCUCUUCCAGUUGUGAUAUGUGUUGGUUUUACGGGGAUGCCACUGAAGCAGCAUCCGAUGACCUGAGAAGUUCCUUUUGGGCAGACUUUAAAUAGGUUUUGUUGUGUGAGGAGUUUGGACCUUCCCUAACAACUUAAAAAUCCAUGGAGAAGAACAGCCUUUUUCAUGG